CAUUUCUUUCCAAAUCGUGGUGCGGAAAAGAUCGUGCAAAAUGAAGACUUUGGUGACUCUCUUUGUGCUUUGGUGUGUUCUCAAUUUGAGAAUUAAAUGUGAAUAUCAAAAUAAUAAUUAUGUGGAAGAAGUGUUUAGAUGGAAGAAAAUUGUUUAUGAAAAUCUACCUAAACCAGAAAACUCCUGGGUUGGUCCUUAUCGAUACUACAUCCCUGAGAACGAGGAUAUUGGUAGUAUUGGUUACCAUUCAGCAAGUGGAUUAAUGGUAGUCAAUAUGGUGAGAUUACGUCCGGGUAUUCCAACAUCAGUGGGAGCUUUCUGUGUCAAUGAUUACAAAUAUCUGGGAUCAAGUCCUCUUAUUUGGGGCUUCCCAAACUACGAGUUAAAUGAACUCAUUCCGUCUGAUUUUGAAAGUUAUCUCGAAGAAGGACGAAAGGGGAGCAUCUACAAGCCACCAAAGUACAACAACGGAGGCCAUCAAAAUGUCCUUUACAAACCAAUCUACCAGAUAAAUGAACAACCAACUAUCGUGGAAAAACCAAUAGAUUUGAAGAGAAUUAUUUCAGUUUUUCACAUCACAGCUGAUGAGAAAUGCAACCGAUUAUUCUUUAUGGACAACGGAGAGCUACAAUACUACCAGAAUAUGACGUAUCCCAUUCAAAAACCAUCCCUUUGGGUUAUUGAUCUCCCCGUGGAUGGAUGCCAAUCCAGGAAUUUCCAAAUUCUUCGUCGUGUGGAACUUCCCGAUAGGAUUGUUGCAAAAGGAUCAAAUGGAUAUAUGUCUGUUAAUCUUGACUACCAAUCAGAUGACUGCAAUGAUCUUUUCUUGUACAUUACCAACGCCUUCAGUGGUUUCCUCACUGUGUAUGACUACAAAAAGGACGAAUUCUGGACUUUUGAUCAUGAAACCAUGAAGCCAAUCAUUGCAGAAUCAUAUUUUAUCUUUAGGAAUUUCUUCCCCUUUCAAAUGGAACUGGGAAUAUUCGCUCUAAAUAUUGGACCGAAGGAUGAAUACGGCAAUAGCGUAGCCUAUUACUCAUCAAUUGCCAACACAGCACACUACACGGUGUCAACGAAAAUCCUCAAGGAUAGAAAGAAAAGUCCUGAAAAUUACAAACAGGAUGAUUUUAGAAUUUUCGGCCAUAGAGGAUUCAAUCAUCAACCCCUAAGUAGUGUUAUUGACUACACAAUAAGCGUCAUGUUCACCACAGACGUUCAAACGAAUGAAGUUCACUGUUGGAACAUCAAUAAGCCCCUCAAUCCGGAUAAUACUGGCGUAAUCUACAAAAAUGACAAAUACUUUUUUGGCCCGGAAAUUAUUUUGGAUUCCAGUGGAUACCUUUGGUUCAUUGCAAGCUCCAUUCCUUUAGAAUUUGCCUCAGAUCUUCCCCUAGAUCUAACCCAAGUUAUUUCAAGAGUUUUCCGUGUAAAAGCCAUGGAUGCAAUAAAAGGAACUAUUUGUGAAAGUUAAAUAAAAUAAUUUUUAGAAUGAAAAAUAAGUAUUUUAAUCAAA